AUUUGGCAGUGCGGGGAAUAUGCGAAUCCACGGUGCCGAAUCACGCGCUUCUGCAGAAGUUUUGGGUCACGUCAGGCCAGGAAGGAACGCCUGAAGGUUUGUCCGUGCAGUUUAAGAUUCCAGGGCCCAGACAUGGGCUGAAGGGCACCCGGAGACCAGCAGAACGAUUCUGAGGAAAGCGACGUCCCAUUUACGGCCAGAAGGCAGGCCCAGUCCACAACCGCAGACUUCUGUUCCGCGCGCGGCGUCCUUAUAACAAACACCAGCGCCGCAGCGAGCGGCUAACUAUAGCUUAUCUGCUUGUGUUCUUCUCGUCUUUCUUUGUUCCCGAUGUGGAAUUCGGGGCGGGCUCAGCGGUCCCCAGCAGAAACUCCUGUCUCUGGGCUCCCCUGAGAUCUAAGGCGGAGGAUGUCAUCAUGGGUUAAGGGCCUGGUGUACCUCCUGAGCGCGCUGGUGUGUGUGGGCCACCUGCCCGCCCCCCUCCCCACCAUCAACACCUGCAUCUUUGACGACAUCGAACCACCAGACGUGCUGCAGAAGAGACAGACUUACGCCCACACUCAAGACGUCUUAAGGGAAGCCGGGACCCACUCCCACAUUCCAGACGUCUUACAGAGAAGCGGGACUUACUCCCAUACUGAAGACGUCUCAGAGGGGACCAGGAGGACCUCAGACAGAACCAAGAGAAACACCCAAACUUCAGACCGAGCCAGGAGAAACUCCAGGGACUUGUUCCAGCCCCUGAGAAUCACAACAUGGUUCCACAACAUCGGGUCGGAGCUGGGGCGCGCCGAGCAGGACAGCCUGCGGGCCGUGGUGCAGGAGGCGGUGGGAAGGAUCACGCGGGCACUGGCAGUUGUACCUGUCCAGGGUCCUCUGGUCCUUGGGAGGAACUUUACUGAGAUCUGCAAGUUUGCCGUCGCUGCCAACCAGCCCAACGCUGGCAAGUGCUCUGUGGCGAAAACCACUUACCGAGGAGAAAUUUGCAUUGCAGAGUUUCUGAUACCUGAUGAGCACCUGGAGGGGUUUGCUACCUGGGCUGACACAGGUGACACACCUGUACAGGUGCUGUACACAGACGGGGCAGGUGUGGCGGACACAGAUUACAUCCUGUACGUAACGGCUGCCACCACCACCAGGUGCCAGAACGAUCAUUCCAUCCUAGCGUACGCGUCGUACUGCCAGCUGGACCAGAACAACCGCCCGACCGCCGGCUACACCAACUUCUGCCCGGUACAGCUGCAGGGUCCGGGCUUCGACAGGGACAAGUUUGUCAUGACGGCCAUCCAUGAGCUGCUCCACGCUCUGGGUUUCUCCAAGCAGCUGUACGGCAAGUUCAAGGACUGCUCCUCCUCAGCUGACCCGACCUCCUGUCCCGACCGGCGUGACGUUGUGGAGACCCGGUACGGGAUGAACCGCAUCACCACGCCGACCGUGCUGAACCGCACCCAGCAACACUUCCGCUGCUCGUGGACGGACUUCGGGGGGCCUCUGGAGGACAGGCCCACGGGCCAGGGAGGACCGUCCUCACCUGCUGGCAGGUGUUAUGAGCACAGGUGUAACAGCACAGGUGUGCUGGAGGUCAGAGUUCAGGGGUCACCCUGGGUCAGAUGUCAAUUUGGCUCGUCUAUAGCGAUCCCCGGCUACAGCGGACUGUUGGAGUGCCCUCCUGCAGGGGUGCUGUGCAGAGAUGUGUACCCCCCUCCCCACACCACUGCUACAGCUACAACACAGGCUGACAACUGCCCUACAGGUAAUACACAACACAACCCUCCCACAUCACCCCCCUCAUGUGUACCCCCUCCCCACACCACCCCUUCACACGUAACCCCCUCCCCUCACCACUGCUACAGCUACAACACAGGCUGACAACUUCCCCACAGG